AUGGGAGACGAAGCAAGGUUGCCGGUGCUCGCUCCAGCUUUCGCUGGCACGCCGCGCGCUGCGAAGGUGUCGAAUAUCGAACGUCGCCGUCACAUCGCUGUGACUGCUUGCGCGGAGUGUCGUGCCAAGAAACGUAAAUGUAGCGGAAAAAGUCCGUGCACGGCAUGUGCGUCGCUGGGCAUAGAAUGCCUGCUUGACGCGGAGAGCAGUCACCGCCGCCUAGUCGGUACCAAGCGCCGAGGCGCUGAAAUGGAGAGUAAGAACUCGACUUUGAAGAAAAAGGUGCAACCGCUGGAGAAAGAGGCCCAGUUGUCAAGUCGGCAUCCACCGGAUGUGUCAAGGGUGCAUGUCAAAGCCCGCAAGAUGGCCAUGAUUAGGUCCAAAUCUAGCGAGACACGCGCGUGUGAUGUUCAAGGCACGGCCUCGACAGAAGACUGGAACAGCAUCUGGGCUAUAUAUGAGAGAGUUCGCAACUGUGCACCGGCAGACCUCUCCAAGGUAGUCAAUGCCAUCCGCAGUAGCUCGGAUCCGACAUUAGCAGCGCAAUAUCUGCACCAAGUCUCCCUGGGUCGACUCGCUGACGCCCACGUCGGCUUGUCGAACUUAGCAGCAGAGUAUAAGUUGAUUAGCUCACCGAGGCUGCAGGCCCUGUGCGAAGAGCCCAUCCUUUUCGCUCCUGCAAAGCCAUGGACGACCAUCACAGACAGUGACCGACUGGUGUCACAUCUGCUCUCUCUAUAUUUCACCUGGGAUUAUCCCUGCUACACCUGUCUCCGAAGACCGUGGGAUCGUUUUAAGGAGAUGGAUAUGUGUAUCCGCUUCCUGUCGGAAGCCCGGCAGCUCUGGAUAUCACAAUCACGGCCCACCUUGACCUCAAUCCAGGCACUGCUUGUCAUGAACCUGACCUAUAACUGCCUGGGUAAGGACAAGAUCGGCUGGUCCUGCCUGGCGGCAGCGAUCCACAUGGCAAAUGAGCUCAGAUUGUAUGAGCCGUUGUCUGGUGUCCGCAGCGCAGGGCUGGUUGAACCCGCCUGGAAUAGAGCGCAUGCAGUCACGGCCUGGGGCCUUUUUGAGUGGCAAGCACUCGCUGCAAGUGUAGUUGAUGAUGCUCCCCGUCUGGAGCACCCGCCCUUUUACGAAAUCCCAUAUUCAGACGCCGAGUUUCUCGACCAUAGUCAACGCUGGCACCCCUAUCCUUUUAGUGGUCCCCUUUACCCGUCACGUCUCUUCUCAACGGUCAGAGCUAGGUUUGAGUUGAGCGUAGUUAUCAAUGACGUGACCGAAUUCAUUUUGGAUUCCCAUCAUGUCGCCCCUACUGUCGAGGCCUUUAUGUUAAUCCAUGAAAGACUGGCAAACUGGUUUGUCGAACUAAGUCCCGCGCUCCAUCCUUCAAAAGACGCACCGCCACACAUCUUCAUCAUGCACCUCCACUUCCACCUUGGCGUAAUCGCCCUCUGCAAACCCAUCCUCACCUCAGGAGGAGACCCCAGCCCCUCCGUCCUCAGAAUCUGCAGCAAAGCCAAGCUCGCCACGCGCGAGAUCAUCUUCCUUUUCAAACAAACCUUUGGCUGGAAAUCCGCCUCCAACUUCCUCAACCAUGCCCUCACCUACGGCGCCUUCAACGCCAUGCCCUUCGCCAAGGACGGCGAUCCCCGCUGGCGCCAGUCCCUCGAGACAUGCAUCAGCGGCCUCUGGUACAUUUCCUUUUCCUUUCCCGUGUGCAGGUACCUGCUGCGCGCGAUCCAACAUGCGCUUGAUGCGGCGGGGUUCGCGGAUACGGAUCUUUGUCCCGAGGUUACACGUAUCCUACGAUAUUUUGCGCGUAAUGUGUGGAAGAAGUCUCUGCUUGAUACGUUGCAGAGUCGGUAUCCGGCCUUUGAUCCGCAGAAUAGCUUACGGACGGUGGAGGAUUUGCUUCUGUCGGUUGAGAGUUUGGCUUUGAGUGAUGAACAUGGCUGA